AUGCUUCGCCAUCUCAACAACCUCCUCAUCCUCCUCCGCCUCCGUCGCGCCUCCCCCUGGAAUCCUCGGACCCCGCUCGACUGGCUGCUCGCCUCCCCGCUCCAGUGGCUCACCUCGCUGCUCUACCGCCACGUCCUGCUCCCCCUCCGCGGCCGGCCCUUCCAUCCUCCCAGCAGCAGGUGGAGGAGGAGGCGCCCGAUCCGCGUCGUCUGCCUCUCCGACACCCACAACCUCGUCCCGGACCACCGCUCCCCCACCACCGCCAUCCCGGACGGCGACCUGCUCAUCCACUGCGGUGACCUGACCGUCGGCGGAACACCGGCCGAGAUCCAGCGGCAGGUCGACUGGCUGCGCGGGCUCGGCCAUCGCUGGAAAGUCGUCGUCGGGGGUAAUCACGACUCGUGGCUCGACGAGCGGGUGAGAACGCGGACGGGUGAAGAGGAGGGCGGGGAGGAGGAGGAGGAGGAGGGCGGGGAGGUGGAUUGGACCGGGAUCGAGUACCUCUGCGACAGGGCGGUCGAGCUCGAGUUCGAAGGCGGCAGGCGGCUCAACGUGUACGGGUUCGGGGCGGUGCCGCGGUGCGGCGAGGGGUUCGCAUUCCAGUAUGACAGGGACAAGCAUCCAUGGCGGGGACGGGUGCCGGAGGAGACGGAUGUCUUGGUGACGCACACGCCGCCGGCUUACCACCUCGACCUCGGCCUCGGCUGCGCCGGCCUGCUCGACGAGGUCUGGCGCGUCAAGCCCAAGCUGCACGUCUUCGGGCACGUCCACUACGGCCACGGCAAGGAGGCCGUCUACUACGACGAGUGCCAGCGGGCGUACGAGUCGCUCAUGGCGCGGCCGGCCGCGGGGCCCCUGCGGGACCUCGUGUCGGUCGCCCGCUGGAGGGACGCCUUCAACGUGCUCUGGUACGGCGUCGCCAGCAUCCUGUGGAAGUGGAUCAUGCUCGGCCCGGGCACCAACAACGGCGCCCUCAUGGUCAACGCGUCGCUGAUGUACGGGAACAGCGGGCGCCUACGGAAUCCUGCCAUAGUGGUGGAUCUGUAGGCGGCGGUCGGACCGGGUGAGAAAGG